AUGUCUCUCGCGCACGAGCAAAACCUCGACGCCGCGGCCAUUGCCAAGGCCGUCUUGUCCAUCCCGCUUGCCGGCGGCGACGGCGACGGCGGCCGCAACGCCACGUACGAGGGCCAGUGCGGCGAGGACGACUACCUCGUCUUCCGCGUCGGCUUCCCCGACCCCCCGCGGAGCGUGCGCUUGCGCGUCGAGCGCCCGCGGCACCAGGACGCGGCGGCCACCAUCCUCGCGCGCGUCGACGCCGAGCGGCGCACGUGCGAGUCGCUGAGGCUCCAGCAUCGUCUCGGCAAGAUCCGCCGCGGCGAGCUUCCCGAGCUGGUCGAGCAGGACGUCCUCGACCAGCUCGCCCUCCUGCCUCUUGUCCUCGGCGACGACGCCGACAGUCGGCACUUUGCCCUCGAGCACGCCGACCUCGCCGCCGACAGCAUCAUCCUCCGCAGCAGCAGCAGCAGCAGCAGCAGCGACAGGUACAUCAUCGAGGCGAUCAUCGACUGGGGUCCCGCCGAAAUGGUACCCCUGUGCCAGGCCGCGCGCUUCCCGUCCCUGCUGCGCUCCUGGGGCGACGACGACGACGACGACGACGUGCCGCGCGAGACGGCUCUCGAGGAUCGCGCGCUCUACGUCGCCUCGUACGCCAGCGACGAUUCUACAGUGGCGACGAGAGCCAUGAGGCGCGCGCAGGCGGGGAGCGACGUGGAUUCUCGGACGCUGUACUGGGAGUUCGUCAAGAGCGAGAGCAUGCUGCUGACAGCCAUGACGCGCAGCGACGUCGGCUGGACGCUGCAGUUUUCGAGACACCGCCAUGGUGAGGAGGAGGGUUGGAGGGAUACUGCUUGCGCGGAGGUGGGAGAGGUGGAAUCUGCCAGUUUCGAUCUAUGCUCAAUCUACAGCGAUACAGUCACAGACCAUAAUGAUGCUGAAUAG